AUGGAUCGCUAUCUCUCUCUUCUUCUCGCGUUCUCUCUCUUGAUCGUCUCGCGUGCUCAAUCGGACAGCGCAGAUCCGCUGAUCAGGCAAGUGGUCGACGGCGGCGAUGAUCACCAGCACGACCAUCGGCUCGGAGCCGAACACCACUUCUCGCUCUUCAAGCACCAAUUCGGCAAGUCGUACGCGAGCCAGGAGGAGCACGACUACAGGUUCGAAGUGUUCAAGGCCAACCUGCGCCGAGCCGCGCGACACCAGAGGCUCGACCCGUCGGCUCAACACGGCGUGACUCGGUUCUCCGAUAUGACCCCGGCCGAGUUCCGAAAGAGUCAACUCGGACUCAGAGGGCUGAGGCUUCCUGCCGACGCCACCAAGGCUCCGAUUCUCCCGACCGAGAAUCUGCCUGAGGAUUUUGAUUGGAGGGAUCGUGGAGCUGUCACCGCCGUUAAAAAUCAGGGCUCGUGCGGGUCGUGCUGGAGUUUCAGUACUACAGGAGCUUUGGAAGGUGCCCACUUUCUGGCGACUGGAGAGCUUGUGAGCCUCAGUGAGCAGCAGCUUGUGGAUUGUGAUCACGAGUGUGAUCCAGAGGAGGCAGGUUCAUGCGACUCUGGAUGCAAUGGCGGGCUCAUGAACAGUGCCUUUGAGUACACACUCAAAGCUGGUGGACUAAUGAAGGAAGAAGAAUAUCCAUACACUGGUACCGAUCGUGGAACCUGCAAAUUUGACAAAAGCAAAAUUGCAGCAAAGGUUGCCAAUUUCAGUGUUGUCUCCCUUGAUGAAGAACAAAUUGCUGCAAACCUUGUGAAAAAUGGCCCUCUUGCAGUGGCUAUCAACGCAGUGUUCAUGCAAACAUAUGUUGGUGGAGUGUCAUGCCCCUACAUUUGCUCAAAGAGAUUGGAUCAUGGGGUGUUGCUCGUGGGUUAUGGUGCGGCUGGCUAUUCUCCCAUCAGAAUGAAGGAGAAGCCAUACUGGAUCAUAAAGAACUCAUGGGGAGAGAACUGGGGAGAGAAGGGAUUCUACAAAAUCUGCAAGGGCCGGAAUAUCUGCGGUGUAGACUCCAUGGUCUCAACUGUUGCUGCAGCAUCUGUUGAGACCAACCCACAGUAG